AUUCUUUGAUUUUAAUUUGGCACAAGAUAGUGACAAAUAAAAAAAAUCCACACAAUAAGAAUCAUGAGAUCUGCUACUCUUUUCCUGGUUUCUUGUAUUCUCAUGUCUUUCGUUCUGAACCAAGUCAAAGACGUGGAGGGUGGAGUGAUUCCAAUGAGCGACCGGAAGGAUAUAUUUGCCGGAGGAUGCGGCUCCAACGGAAGCAAGACUUGCAUAAACGACUUUGUUAAGAAAGGAGGUGCAAGCAACAGGCCUGCAAGUUGCCAGUGUAAUAACUUUGGCGUAUCACAUUUAUGCCUAUGUAAAUUUGCUUACUGAAUUUUUACAACAAUAAAAGAGAAUACUACAGAAA